UGAUUAAUAAAACCCACUUGACGACGUCUAGAAAAAGCCGGUAAGGCGCGUGGAUUCUCAGCCGUCCGUUUCGUAACCGUAGGCUCCACGCGCCUCUUCGUAAUUUUUUCUUUUCCCCGCAAGGUGGUUUUUUUUUGUCUUUGCCUGCCGUGCGUGAAAUUGAAAUGAUGAUGAAGAAGAAGGAAGCAAAAUAAUAUCUUUUAAAUUAUUAUUGAACGCGAAAGUAAAAUAUCCUAUUCCAAGCUUUGGAUUUGUUUCUUUUUACGAAAAGAUUUGUCGCCUUCUUUAAUUUGUUGUCUUUGUGAGUUUAGUGUGUGUGUGUGUGUUUAUAUAAUGAGAAGAGAUCUCUCAUCUCUCUCUCUCUCUCUCAAGAAGCUUCUCUCUAUUAAUACAGAGCUUCUUCGCCUGCUGCUCUUUUCUUGAUAAAGGAGGAGACUUUAUCGAAACUGAGCUCAUUCCCAUUGAUAAGGAAAGAGAAGAUAGGCUCAAAAAAAAAAAAACCAAGAGAAUGGUGACUGAUCUUCAUCAAUCUUCUGUGCCUUUUCCUCCACCUCUUCCAUUAAAAUCUGAUGGACACAAGAGAACAUACGGCGCACCAGGACUAGGGAAUAGCUGCGUUUCGACGGCUACAAGAGAUAUGUGGGAUCGUCUUUUCAACGAUGGAUAUAAAGCUGACGUUGUGAUAUACACAGAUAGUGGCAACGUCAUCUAUGCUCAUGCCAACAUCAUUGGAAAUGCUUCCACUGUGAUCAAAGGCAUGUUGAAGCAAGCCAAAAGACAUGGCAAGUGGCAUACAAUUUCAAUCCGUGGUGUCCCUCAUGAUGCUGUGCGAGUUUUCAUCCGUUUCCUCUACUCUUCUUGCUAUGAGAAAGAAGAAAUGAAUGAGUUUAUCAUGCAUUUGCUACUACUGUCGCACGCGUAUGUGGUUCCUCAACUGAAACGGGUCUGUGAAUGGCAUCUAGAACAUGGUUUGCUUAAUACUGAGAACGUGGUUGAUGUGUUCCAGCUUGCGCUGCUGUGUGAUUUCCCUCGGCUGAGCGUCAUAUCUCACCGUAUGAUCGUGAAACACUUUAAGGAGCUUUCUGCGACAGAUGCAUGGACAGCUAUGAAGAAAAGCCAUCCGUUUCUUGAGAAAGAAGUUAGAGACUCAGUGAUCCUCAAAGAAAAUAUGCGGAAAGAGAAGAUCAGAAAACGCAAUGAUCAGCGGAUGUAUUCGCAGCUAUAUGAAGCGAUGGAAGCUCUUGUUCAUAUAUGUAGAGAUGGAUGUAAAACGAUAGGACCACACGAUAAAGAUUUCAAACCGCACCACGCACCGUGUGAUUAUGAAGCUUGCAAGGGAUUAGAAUCACUCAUCAGGCAUUUUGCAGGCUGUAAGCUUAAGGUUCCAGGAGGUUGCGUGCAUUGCAAGAGAAUGUGGCAACUCCUUGAAUUGCACUCACGUCUCUGCGCAGAUUCUGAUCGAUGUCGAGUCCCUCUAUGCAGAAACUUGAAAGAAAAGAUGGAGAAACAGAGCAAGAAAGAUGAAAGAAGAUGGAAACUUCUGGUGAAGAAUGUAUUGGGGAGUAAGAAAAUCGGAGGGUCUCCUUACUUUUUACCGGUGACCAGCGGUUAAAAAUCCUCAUCUCAAGGUUUCACCAUCUUCGACAAUCUCAAGAAGGGCGAGUAUUAAGCGUUUCUUGUGAUCCCCUCCUACCCUAAGAACAACAAGUGUACCAUAAUAAAAUUGAACCAAUGGAAUUAUGGAAUAAUAACACACAGAUUUUGUCAGCUAAGGGUCAAAGACUCAAAAAUAUCUGUAAACCGGAUUUGAUCCGGUUUAACAAUGGUUUUGUUCUUUUAAUUA